GUGACACUUUUUUUAAAAUCUUUGAUUUUGGAAUUUAUGGGAUUACAGAGCCUAAUCCCAAAAAUGAAAAUGAAGAAGAGCCAUCACUGUCAAUUCCAUCAUCACCAUUUGAAUCGGAAACCUCAGAUUGUACAUGGGAGUAG